AUGAAGUUUAGUGAACUUCCGGAAUUAAUAAAGAAAUUAUUCCAAAAAUUCGAAAUUCAAAAAGUUUUCUCUCAAGAAGUUUUUCAACUUCAAUUACCUGUUGAAAAAGAACCUGUAUAUAAGCUUGAUCCAAAUUUAAAGACAUCCUAUAUAUUGAUUAAUUAUUUAAAUGAUAAAUUACAAGUUUGUGCUAUAUUAAUUUUGGCCAAUCAGAAUCAAGCUGAUCAACUAAUCUUCUACUCGAUAACCUUGACAAGUGGUAAAGUGAUUAAUAAUAUAAAUGGUAAAGAACCUACAAUGGAAAUUCUAAAAAAAAAUUUUCACGACCUUUUGCCAAUUAUUCAAGAGGCCAUAAAAGAUGCCGACUUCAUAGCUCUAGAUACUGAGUUGACUGGUUUAAAUGAACAUAUUGAAAGAAUCAAGAGUUUCGACGAUCCGCAGUCUAGAUAUACAAAAGUUCGAAAAGCCGCUAGCAAGGCAAGAGAUCAUUACGUUCUCGGAAAUCCUAUUUCGUAUCAAAAUGAUAUUUGUUUCAUGUGCAGUGGAUCAAGUCUUCACUUUUUAAUGAAUUGUGGAUUUGAUUUUAACAAAUUAAUAUCGCAAGGAAUACCAUUUAUAAAUAAUACAGAUGAAGUAAAGCUCACACAAAGAAAAGCUGAUCUAGCACAAAGGCAAAUUGUUUUAUCAGCCGAAAGCAAGCCUAAAAGUAUCUUGUUUGAAAGGUUGACAGAAGCACAAAAAGAAAAAAAAGUAAAAAUUGAAGUUGAAGAAGCAUUAGCAGCUAGUUUAAACUUUAGAACUAUAAUUGAAUUGUUGAUAGAAUCAAAGAAACCAUUAGUGGGACAUAAUUGUUUCCUGGAUAUAUGUCAGCUUGUUCAACAAUUCUGGAUGGAAUUACCUGAAAAGUUAAGGGAAUGGAAAAAACUUGUACAUGGAUUGUUUAGCACUAUUAUUGAUACCAAACAUAUUGCAGCAACCCAUCGAAAAUUACAGACACUUAUUCCGAAAAAUGGAGUUCAGGAUAUCCUUCAAAUUGUUCAAACUGAACCCUUCGAAUCUUUAUCACCGAAAAUUGAAUUGGAUCCAAGAUUCACACGAUAUAUCUUCAAUGAUGAAUCUCAAAAUCAUGAAGCGGGCUAUGAUGCAUUUAUUACCGGUUAUAACUUUAUUAGAUUGGCAGUAUUUAUUCUUCACGAAAAAGAGGAGAAAGUUGAUGUUUAUGAUUAUUUUUUCAAUGAAUAUUCAACUGAAAACACAAACGAAAAUAAUAGUGGGGAAAGUUUUGAAAUUGAUUUCCCGGUAGAUCAUUUAAAAGAAAAGACUUUAGUAGAACGUCCUCCUACUAAACCGAAUGGGUUUUUGGUUUCAAAUAUUCCUUCAUCAUGUAAUCAAGUAUCUCUAUACACUCUUUUCGGUGAUUUCGGAAAUAUAUUUUUCCAAUGGAUCGAUGAUACUCAUUGUUGGUUGAUAGUUAAAGAUGACAAGAAAGUGAAUAAGGUUCCAAAAGGAAAAUUAGGGCAAACAAAACUAUUUUCAUUAUUUUUAGAAGGUGGGGAAAGAUAUCAAUUAGGACAAGAGAAAGGGAUUACUAAGGAAAUGGGCGAGAUUUUUAUUCAAUCAUGGAGCAAUUGGAUUAAUGCGUUGCAAGAUGCAGAGGCCAAAGAUGAGAAAGAUGAGAAAGACAUAUGUGAAAAUCAAUAUCACAUUACAUCAAUGGAUGACAAUAAAAACAUUCAUGUUGAAGAAAUAGAAUUUGAAAUUGAACCUUUUCCAAUACCACAUGACGAUAAUACAUCGUGGGAACAUAUUACAGAAAAUACCAGCGAUAAUUGGACGGCAGAUACAUGGGCAAAUGGAGAAGAUAUUUGGGCAAAAAAAGAAAUUAAUUGGUCAAAUGAGGGAGAUGAUAUAGAAAAUACAGAAGACAAACGGGAUAAUUGGGAUAUAACCUUAUUAAGUGAUUCAGAAACAUUAAGCAUGCGUGCUAAACGUACGCUAUCAACACCUCAACUUAUAAUAAAAGAGGAAGAGAGUGAUAGCGAAAUGAAUGGUGCUUUCAAAAAGACCAGAAUCGAAUAA